AUGAAUCUGAUCGUAUUCAGCUUGGGAAAAUCGCAGCAGCCGCCCGCUAACCUGAGAGCCCCGCGAUGGAAAGCGGCGGGACGCGAAGCAAGAGCUUUCACACAAGCCAAGAGCAGAGGGGCUCCAGGGCAGGGGCGAAGCAUCAUCGAGGUGGAAGGAGCCAACCGGGUGCUCGUAGAUCCCGGAAAGGACAGCCAGCCGGCCGAGGUGUGCGGCAUCCGCGAGGGGGACGACUUCGUGCUCCUGGAGGGCCUCGACGAGGUGGAGGUGGACUCGGCCCAGUCUCUGCCGCAGCUCUGCCGACGGGGAGCCGCCAGCCGGCUCCCGGGCGUCCCGUCCCGUCCCGUCCCGUCGAGCUCCGGUCUCGUCCUCGUUCCUCGCCGCCGGCGUCACCCUGCCUCCUCUCUCGGCAACAGGGGCGUCCAGGGGAGGAUUCGCCAGCAGGAGCCACAUCAUCUUCAACGCGUCGGUCAUCAGCCGCAGGCCGCACAGUCACCACAGUCGGGAGGGACUGGGCGCUGGCAGCAAGCUCACCCCGGUGGACCUCGCCAGCCCUGCGAAGGUGUGUCCGGAGAUCACUCCCUCCUCCCUGAGCUCGCAGACUGCGCCUUCUGUCCGAGGGUCCGGCGCUCGUUCAGGGGUCUGCGCUCGCCGGACCCCGUUUGCUUGUGGUCUUUGUGGUCUUUGUGCUGGAUGCUGACGGUCGCCAUGGAGAUCAGGACUCCUCGCUCUGCUGGACUCCAGGGCUUUGGCUUUAAACCUAUGAAGUACUGUUGCUGCCCUGCAUUCAGAAGAGCACAAAGACACCCCACGGUUCGUGUGUGUGUCGCUCCUGCGGCCCCCAGCUGGAGCGUAAGAGAGGAGUUCAGGCGGUGCAGGAAAACCCCCGCUACGCCACCUGCUGGCCCAGACCGCUGCGCUGUGACAGCGACCUGGUACUUCCUGCUGUCCAGCUGCCCCGUAACUCCGCCCCCGUCGCCCCCGCUGCGCCCCAGCUUAGUGGUGACGGUGUCGCCGAACCCCUCGUCCGUCAGGGGGGCGCUCAAAUGCCUCCGCUUCGCCGGCCGUGCCACGGGCAUCCGUGGGCGUGAGCUCCGCUGCUGCCCCCUGCAGGCGGGAGCGCCGCUCCUGCCACGGACCGCCGUUCACCUGUGCCAAGUCUCCGCCCGGACGACAGGGAGCGCAAGUCCUUCCUGCCCCCCCCUGCGCGGGGUGGCGCCGGGGGCGGGACGGGCGUCUCCCUCACGCUCCCUGCCGGGGGUCCGGGACCUCGAGGCCGGCGGGCGGGAGAGGGGGGCCGGGCCGACGGGCGGCACCGGGGAGUGCCCCACCUGCCGGCGGGAACGGGCCAUCCGGCACGGGUACGACAAGUACGUCGUCCGGGCGAACGAGGAGAGGGAGGAGCUCGGCCAGCGGGUGGCGCCGCUGGAGGCCAGGCUGCGGAGCAGCGCUGUUGAGGAGCAGCGUCAGGAGCCUGCGGGGGCCCCUGGGGGGACACGAACCCGUAGCACGGGGACAGCGGCUGUGUGUGAGGAGAGGCUGCAGAGGGAGGAGGAGGAGCUACAGGAGGACUGCGGCGAGGAGAAGGAGGCGCUGGGGGGAGGGGGUCCGCUGCGCUGCAGGGCAGAACUGGAGCUUCGAGACCUGAAGGUCCAGCGGGAGAAGGAUCGGCUGCUGCUUCGCUGCCUGAAAGAGCGGAAGGAGACCCUGUCCGCAGAGCUCGAGGACACCAGGGACGAGUGCGAGAGGUUCAAGGAGAGCAUCGCCCUCGCUGUAGCGCAGCUCCAGAAGGAGAAGGUCGUGGCAGAGAACGCAAGUCUGAAGGAGGAGGUGGAGGAACUGCUGAAUGUGACGGGUUCUAGAAGGUUCUGCCCCGCUCAUCCAAACCAGCUCGCCAGCAGUACGGCGGCGCUCGUGUCACACGAGGGGUCCGAACGCUGCCCGAAAGGUGGCUUCGCAGGAAACUGCUCCGCCCCCCACGGAAGUCCCAGCAGCCCCGUGGUGGCGAACGACGACAACGACGGCGACGGGCUCCUUCGUAUGAAAGACGUCUUCGGACAGCCGUGAGCGACGGAGCGAACCCGGGGACUGGCGCUGGGGUCUAGGCCUGUUCUCCCACCCAAGUAGCAGUCCACACUGUGUCCACGUGCGCGUCACUUGGGUCGCAUGCGUUACUUUGUCCACUGGUGUGUCACGUUGUUCAUGUGUGUAUUACUGCGCCCUUCGGUGCCUUACUUUGUGCACACGUGUUCGUACUGCAGGCCGAUAUUUACUCUCUCGACUUUUUGCUUCCGGUUGCUGCUCUGAGCAACAGGAGGCAAGAGCACGGCCCUCUGCGGGACGUGAUGCUCGUCUCGUAGCGGCGCCGGUGGUUCAGAGAGGACGCCGUGCCGUACGUCAGGAGGACCCUCGUUAAGUGCGGGAUGCAGCUAGACCUGCUGGACUGGAACUGACCGCUGGAAGUGACCUCAGCCCAGAACCCACACCAGCAGUUUGAGAAUUUCAGAUAUUUUAUAAAUUCAGUUUCAGUUUAAACCUUAAUAUCUCUGAAACCCUGCUCUCCAGAGACGCCACCGUUGGCUGUACCUGUACAAAGUGUUCACCUCGAAUGAACCGACAUGACGUCUCAGCUAGUGUUUGGCCAGAGACUCUGAUGCAAAGCGUAAGAAGGUCCUACGAUCCAAUGAGACAAAAACUGAGCUUUCUGUCUAUUUAAAGAAACACUGUUUGCCAUGAGGCAAACCUGCACAUGACCACAAACACACCAUCCCUGCUGUUAAGCCUGGUGGUGGCAGCAUCAUGCUGUGGGGAUGCUUCUUGGCACCAGGGCUUAGAAAGUUUACUGAUAGAGGGUAAAAUGAGUGCAGUAAGUUAAAGGGAAACCAUGGAGGAAAACCGGCUGUAGUCUCCAAGAGAAGUAGGAGAUUAAUUUUACAGCUGGUCUGCGACCCUCGACACAAGGAUGAAGCUAUGCAGGAAUGAGUUAGAAACACGUCUCUGUCCUGGAGUGGCCUGGAGAUCUCAGGCCCGCACUUCACUCCCGGUCGCAACGAGCUGGACAGAACCUGAGCAGUUUUCAUAAAGAAAUGGGCUAAAUUGCAGUGUCAAGAUGUGCAAACCUGGAACAGAUUUCUAUCGAUAAAAUAUAGCUCAUAAAGUGCCUUGACUGAAUAUUGGCUUGUUGGGGUCAAUACUUAUGCACUCGGUUAUUUUGUUCGAUUCUUCUAAUUAAUUCAGAAUUUUUUUCCAGAAAUGCUUUAACACAAAAGACAUUUGUUCUGAUCAGUCACAAAAAAACGUGAUGAAAUGCACUGUGACUCCAGUUUAUGUUAAAAAAAAAAAAAACAUGAAAAAGUUCUGAAAAGUUUGGGGGGGUGAAUGUUUUUUACAAGGGCUGCAAAUGAAAGGACACUUCAGCCCUGAGUGAAUAAAGUGUUAAAUAUUUUCAGUUUUGCUUAUUAAAUGCUGUGCGAGUCUAUUUCAUUACUGUCAUUGUUGCAUGAAUGUAAGGAAGCUGGAAAUGUGGCACCGCUGGUGUGUUUGUGCCGUCCGGCGUCCUGCUAGGAAACCCCCCCACCGCAGCCGGCUCCGGGGUCCACGUGUGACCGUCCGUCGUGUGCCCUGCACCGGCAUCUGAAGGUGACAACUGCCUGAAGUCCCUCUUACGAGUGCUGCUGCUGCUGCCCUCUGUGUCCAGCUGUGUCCAGCUGUGCGUCUCUGCGCUCUUCUCUUUCAUGGCCCGAUUUACAGCCAUAAAUGUGAAAUGCCUCGAAAUGUGCCUCUAAAUAAUGAGAGCGAACGCACCCCAUCCUGGCCGAGUCAAAUCCAUCCGUCCAGGAGGGCGGCUCGGGACCGUCAGGGCUUCGGCGGGACCUGCCACGGGAUGUCGCUCUUGUCUCGCUUCCUGCAAGUCCGUUGCGCGUUUCCCAUCAGCGCUGCGCGGCAGGCGACGGAGCUCACAUCCUGCGUUCGCACGUGUGCGUCUCCAGCCCGAUCCGAUGUCACCGUGA